AUGACACUUGCAAAUAAGGACAUUGCGGUGGACCUGAUCGACAAAGUUGAAAGUCUCAGUCGGGAAGACUCAAAAGUCGUGCAUAAUGCUGUUGAUCCCAGCCCCUUACAACAGCGGUCGAAACAAGAGCAACGACUUCUGCUCAAGCAAGACCUCGCCAUCACACUGGUGCUCUCGGGUUGCUACUUCUGGGCUUACUUGGACCGAGGAAACAUUAGGAAUGCUCGGGUCAUGGGCUUUCAAAAGGACCUACGCCUGUCUGACAGGCAGUUUUUCAAUACCUUGAUGAUGUUCUAUGUGGGCUACAUGGUCUUUGAGCUACCGGCAGCAUUGAGUCUUCGCUUUUUACACCCUGGAUGGGCUUACGGCAGUGCCGUCAUGGCUUUUGGGGUUUUCUCGACAUGCCUUUCGAGUGUCCAUUCGUAUGGAGGCGUCUUGGGCUUGAGGCUUCUCCUAGGCUGCGCUGAGGCAUACCUGCAAACGGGCCUGGUCUACUUGGCGCUUUGGUACAAGCCCGGAGAAAUGGGAACAAGAAACGCUAUCUUUUACGGCUUAGCACCCUUCGCCGGAAUGAUCAGUGGGCUAAUCGCAUACGGCUGCGAGAAGAAUCUAAACGGAGUGGCUGGCUUCACAGCCUGGCAGUGGCUCUACAUUGUUGAGGGUGUCCCUACUGUUGCUUGGGGUAUUUUGACAGCUUUCUGUGUCCCCACCCUGCCAGAAAAACUGCCGACGAAGGGUCACUGGCUCUUCAGAAGUAAGACUGAACAGAUCUUGAUUAUGAGUCGUAUGGAGCAAGGGCAGAACAGUCCACAUGCAAAACCCGUGUGGUGGCAGCUAUGGUGGGCAAUAAAAGAUCCAAAGACCUACUUGGGCGCUUUCGGCAUCGUUGCAUCAGUCCUCAACAUCGUGGUACUGGGAAACUUGCUGCCGACGUUCAUCAAGGCCUUUGGGUUUUCUCCCCUUGACACGCAGCUGUAUGUCAUGAUCCCGUACGCCUUCGCCACGGUCUUGUCCCCAGUGGCAGGACUUAUCAGCGACCGAGUCCACUGUCGCACGAUCCCUCUCUGCGCAUGCAUAUCGGUCUCGAUUGUGGGAUAUGUGAUUCUUCUAAGUACAACGUUGCCGACGGCUUUGGUUGCAGGAUGCUGCUUUGUCGCUUCAGGUGCCUACUCCGGACUGGUACUCAGCGCCACCUUCAUCGUGGUGAACCACGCUGGAUACACGAAGCGCGCGUCAGCGUUGGCCAUCGCUCAGAUCCUCGCUCAACUUUGCAGCAUCAUGAGCACUCAAAUCUACACCCACCCUCCGCACUUCUACCUGGGCCAUGGCAUCAUCUUGGGAUUCAAUGUAGUGGGUCUGUUGUGCGUGGUAGUCAUGUACAUCAUCAUGAGCAGGGCCAAUCGCCAGCGCGAAAUGACCCUAGCUGAAGGAAUGGGACGGGGGGAUAUUCCUGGAUCGGACGCUUCUUUCGAAGACUUGUGCGAUUAUCAUCCUCAAUUCAGAUACAGUGUGUGA